CAACCAUUAAAUCCACUAAUUAAUUACAGUAUUAUAUUAUAAACAAAUUAGUAUAUAGCAAGAGAUAUUCCAUGAUAAACCAAGCAACAUCGACAAACGAAGUAUAACAUUAGUAGCAAAAUAAAAAGAAAACAUUAAAAAAGUGGGAAAAAAUGGUUUCUUAUCUGCAGAAAAUGAUGUUCAUCGCUCUCACCAUCGCAAUAGCAGUUCCUUAUUCAAGAAGCCAUCGAAGAAGAUCACACGACUCAGACUCCAACAACACGGAACAAUACUUGAGAGAUCUGUGCUCCGAAACCGACAGAUCAGACGUGUGUUGGAACAUCCUGAAAUCCGAGUUGCGCCGCUUCGACGACUGCGACGACAGAGACAUCAGUGACGGCGUGAUCGACCUAGCGAAAGAAAAAUCAAAGGUGAUUCGCGACCAGCUCAAGCAGUGGCACACAGAUUCCAACGACGACAGCUUGAAAGAGAAGUACCAUUUGUGUUGGGAGAACUACAACGAUGUCUACCGCGACCUCCAAGAGGCGUCGAAGAACUUAGGUUCCGAUGAUUAUAAGAAAAUUUCGGAUCAGAUCGACGAUGCUGAAGACGAACUGGACGAGUGUAGACGGGAAUUCGGGCCGGGUUCGUUUGAUCCGGGCCAUGUCGAGGACCGGAACAAUGAGCUCGAGAUUUACUUGGACGUUGUUCGGGCUGCCGCAGACCGUUUGGAAGAUUACUACGACCACCAUUAAAUUUAAUUUCAUAUUGUUGAAUUUAUUGGAAAAAUUUAUAUUAUUGAAAUAAGAAAAUGUUAUCUGGGCAAUGAGCUAAUAAAUAUUCUUUUAAAUUA